AUGUCAUCUACACCAAUAGAAUCUGAAUAUGAUGCAUUAGAAGUGAUAGGAAAAGGGUCUUUUGGAACAGUUCGAAAAGUUCGCCGUAAGUUUGACGGACAAAUAUAUGUCCGAAAAGAAAUAGAAUAUACAUCUAUGAAUAACCAAGAACGAAACCAAUUGAUAUCAGAACUCAGAAUCUUGAGAGAGUUGAAUCACCCAAAUAUUGUAAAGUAUUUCAAGCACGAUCAUAUUUCUAACAAGAAGAUGAUCCAUAUAUAUAUGGAAUACUGUGACGGUGGUGACUUAGCCCAUAUUAUUUCUAACUUUAAGAAAAACAAGGAAGUGGUACCUGAAGAAUUUAUAUGGCAAGUUUUGGUUCAAAUAUUGCUUGCAUUACAUAGAUGUCAUUAUGGAAUUGAGGCUAAAAAAGUCAAUUUAUAUUCAAUCAAUAACGAAGGAGAACCGCUGAUUAACUCAGAAACAGUUGUGAUUCAUAGGGACAUAAAACCUGACAACAUAUUCAUGCUGGACUCUGGUGAGCUCAUUAAACUAGGAGACUUUGGAUUGGCAAAAAUGCUUACUUCACAAAAUGACUUUGCAAAAACUUAUGUUGGUACUCCAUAUUACAUGUCACCGGAAGUUUUGAUGGACAACCCUUACUCACCAGUUUGUGAUAUAUGGUCGCUUGGAUGUGUACUAUUUGAGCUUUGCACCUUACAACCGCCCUUUUUAGCCAAAACCCACCUACAAUUGCAAGCAAGGAUUAAGCUGGGUGUUAUUCCUGAUUUGCCUGAAGGAUAUUCAUCUCAAUUGAAAACGAUAAUAGUAGAUUGUAUAACAGUUAAUCCUGAUACAAGACCUUCGUGUUUCGAUCUUCUAGAAAAUCUUUCUGUUAGGUUUUUGAGGAAAGAAAUGGACCUCAAACAUGCUAGCACAAACUUGGGUGAGUUUCAAAAACAGCUAGUCAACAAGAACGAGGAAUUAAAAAAAAAGGAAUCAUUUUUAAACAACUUAGAAAGGAAAAUUUUGAUUCAAAGAGACGAAUUAGAGGAUGAAUUCAAAAAUAUGCAGAGAAAAUGUAACUUGCAAAAGAAGCAAUUAGAAGACGAAUUAAUAGAGGAGUUUGAGUCUAGGAAAAAACUUAUGGAUCAAGAAGCAAAAGAAGUCAGAAUAGGAUAUCAGCGUGAAUUCAAGCUAGUUGUUGAACAAGAGGUACAACAAAGAAUCAAAGAAAUUUUGGGAAAACAAAACAUAGAGUUGCACAGAAUGAAAUCAGACCCUUCAACUCCCAAAGCGACAAAUGCUCAACCAGUUUCAACCCAACAAGCUAGAAAUUUCCUUCAUUUACAUAAUAAUGAAUCAUCACCUCUGCCAAAUAAACCAAGGGGCCCCAAGGAAUUGAUUGAUGACCAGCAAAUUAGAAGAAUUCCUCUCAAAACAAGAAACAGCGACGAGCAUGACGCUUAUUAUGCUCAUGCUCAUAAAAUUCAGCCAUCUAUUCAAGGCACGAGAUUUCCUGCCAAUAAUUACCGCAAAAGAGUCACAGAUGAGUUGGAACGUCUUAAACUAGAAAAAAGGCAUAUACCAGAAUUUGAGGAGCAUUAUUUACGAAAAAACACUAGAUAA